AUGGCUCUGACUCCAUGGGAUUUCAGUGGACUGGGGAUGGGUUUCGGGCUGUACCGUCCACGACGACCGAGCUACACCUUUGCCACGCAGUACAACCGGCAGAGAAGCGAAAGCUACAGGUAUGCCACGAGGCUGGACACCGCGGAUAUGGAAGAGAAGAGGGAGGACUUCAUCGAAGACAUCAUGGUGAAGAAGAGAAAAGAGAGUUACAUCAAGGCCACGCGAAGACAUAGCGACGUAGCGCUCAACAAUAUAGAUCACGCUGGACACGGCAGUUCUAGUUGUGAGGACCCCAAUAAACACAACUCGUGUCAGAAGACGACUGUCGGGUUCGCUGUGGACGAUAAACUGAAGCCUGUGUACACUCUAGAAGAUGCAGAAGAUCCCAGCACGAGUGAGCAAGGAAGCAGUAUCCCCUCUGUGAUCCUGUUUGCGUUUAAAAAGAACUUGAUCGUCCUCUGUGUGAGUUUCAUUCUCAUCUUCACGUCGUUCAGGGCUGUUCAGAACAUACAGUCGUCCAUAAACAGCAAACAUAGUCUCGGGAUCAUCACCAUGGGUGUGCUUCACGGCACGAUGUUUCUCACCUGUGCGUUUGCACCUGUAAUUAUUAACAUCCUUACAGCUAAAUGGGCUCUGGCCUUCGGGAUGCUGUGCCACCUUAUCUGGUUUGCUGCGAACUUCUAUCCUAGUUUCUACACCUUGCUUCCUACUGCUUUGCUAGCCGGAGUUGGGCAGGGGAUUCUUUGGACUGCAGAAGUAUCAUAUGUUUUAAAACUCGCUUUUGAUUCAGCCAGAGUAACCAAAGACUUGCUGGAGCAUGAGAUGUUCAGAUUCCAUGGAAUAUUCCUUGCGUGCUUUCAAACAACUCAGAUAUGGGGGAAUUUAAUAUCUUCUAUUUUACUUGGAGAGAGAUCAUCGGGCGAUUCCAAUUUAGUUUUCAAUGAAAACAUGACAUACUUCACGGACAGCAUUAUGCAAGACCCAUCGAGAUGCGGCGUGCUUCACUCGUGCAAGCCAAGUGCCUAUAGCGGUUCCGACGAGGAUUUCUCUGGCGUGUUGUGGAAGCUGAUGUGUUCCUACAUCGUGCUCGGCUUCAUCGGCUUCGCCCUCAUCCUGCUGCUGCUGGAUCGAAUCGGGGCCAGGGUAGACCCGGAGAAAUCAGCCUACCAGAUGGUGUUGAAUCAGAUCUGUCAGCUGGGAGGAAACAAGACUUUCCGUCUGCUCUCUCCACUGCUAGUCUUCACGGGUCUCCAACAGGGCUUCAUGUUCGCAGACUUCAAUCAGUAUUACGUGACCUGUUCUCUUGACGUGAAGCACAUCGGUUACGUGAUGAUCACGAUGGGUGUGGCCAGCAUUGUGAGUUCCAUCGUGGUGGCGCUCACGUCCAAGCGGAUUCCCCGAGAGGUGGUGCUGGGAUUCGGAGGCAUUAUGCACAUUGCCUUGAUUAUCGGCCUCCUCAUCUGGAUCCCGGAGAGAAACCCGCUUCUCUUCUUCGUGCUGGCGGCAGUGUGGGGGAUGUGUGAUGCCGUCUGGCAGACGCAGUGUAACACUCUGAUCUGUCUGACCUGUACAGAAGACCCGGACUUGGCAUUUGCUAAUCACCGAAUGCUACAAAGUCUAGGACUAACGAUCGCGUUCGGCUCUGGUACAUUCAUGUGUGUGUCAGCGAAACUCUACCUGCUAAUGAGUCUGCUUGUUAUUGCCAUCAUGUUCUACGUGUUAGCUGAGUACCACGUGCGACAGGGCAGUGAAGAUGAUGACGACGUAUUUGAGGAUCAUCCAACAUGAAGAAAACUUAUAUGAUUUUCAUUUAUUAACAAGGCAUCAAUGUAAAGUUACAAGAGAUGGACAAAAAUGACACUCGUUAAUAGAACUUUACUUGUUUUCAUUAUUAAACUUACUUCUGGCACUAUAUAAAGUUACAUCAGAUGAAUAAGAACGACAAUCGUUUCUAGAACAUUAUUUGUUCACCAUUAAACCAACUUCUGACACCAUGUAAGAUGAACAAGAGCGAUACGUUUUUCCCUACAACUUUACUUUUUCAUCAUUAAACCAACUUCUGACUCCAUGUGAAGUUACAACAAAUGAGUAAGAAUGACACUCGUUUCUAUAACUUUUCUUAUUCACUAUUAAACCCACUUCUGACACGAUGUUUAAUUUGAAACCAAAUGGACAAAAGUGAUACUUUUGUUUCUACAACUUUUUCCUUUUCACCAUUAAACCCACUUCUUACACCACGUAAUGUUAAAACAUAUGGACAAGAGUGAUAUUUGUUUCUAGAACUUUCCC